UGGCGGCGGGCGGCGAAUGGGGGAGCCGAUGCCUGUGGGAGCGCCAGUGCCGGUGGAGCAGGCAGUGCUGGAGACAUUUUUCUCUCAUUUGGGCAUUUUCUCCUACGACAAGGCCAAGGACAAUGUGGAGAAGGAGCGCGAAGCCAACAAGAACGCCGGAAGCAGCUGGCUUUCGCUCCUGGCGGGGCUGGCCCAUCUGGCGGCGGCUGAAAAAGCCUACCAUAGCAUGACCUUCCUGGGCCAGAAGCUAGGUGGGCAGUCAUUCUUCAGCCGCAAGGAUUCUAUACGAACUAUCUAUACAUCUCUGCAUAAUGAACUGAAGAAGGUGGUAGCAACAGGUCGGAAUGCAGUGGGAGGAACAGCUCCUCACCUAGAAGAACUACUUUCUCAUCUUUCUGAACAGCUGUGUUUCUUUGUCCAGGCUCGGAUGGAAAUUGCUGACUUCUAUGAAAAAAUGUACAGCCUCAGUACCCAAAAGUAUAUAAAUUCUGAGGAACUGAUAAAUGUCUUGGAAUCCAUCCUCAAAAGAUACAGCUCAAGAUUUCAUCAUCCAAUCCUUAGUCCUCUGGAGGGUAGUUUCCAGUUAGAAACUGAUGUGCUGAUGCAUCUUCUGAAGGCUCAGGCACAGAUCUCUGAGUGGAAGUUCCUCCCAUCCUUGGUCCACUUGCACAAUGCUCACACAAAGCUGCAGUCCUGGGGACAGAUUUUUGAGAAGCAGCGGGAAACGAAGAAACAUCUCUUUGGUGGCCAGUCUCAGAAAGCUGUUCAACCUCCACACCUUUUCCUGUGGCUAAUGAAGCUCAAAAAUAUUCUCCUUGCCAAAUUUAGCUUUUACUUCCAUGAGGCACUUAGUCGACAAACAACCCUAUCUGAAAUGAAGGCUUUGACUGCAAAAGCUAAUCCAGAUUACUUUGGGAAAAUCUCCAGCUUCAUCAGGAAAUACGAUGCUGUUAAUGUUUCAUUAAUCUUUGACAAUCGUGGCUCAGAGAGCUUUCAGGGACAUGGUUAUCAUCACCCCCAGUCCUAUAGGGAAGCCCCAAAGGGUGUAGACCAAUAUCCAGCAGUGGUAUCUCUGCCCAGUGACAGGCCUGUCAUGCACUGGCCUAACGUCAUUAUGAUCAUGACUGACAGAGCUUCUGAACUGAAUACUUUGGAAAAGGUGGUCCAUUUCUACGAUGACAAAGUUCAGAGCACGUACUUCUUAACCCGACCUGAACCUCAUUUUACCAUUGUGGUUAUUUUUGAAUCCAAAAAGUCUGAGAGAGACUCUCAUUUUAUCUCUUUCCUCAAUGAAACUUCCUAUUCUCUUAAGAACUCUAAAGCUUUUGCAAGCCUGAAACCUGGAUCCAAAGGAUAAGAGUACUAAGUAAGACAACGAGUUCCAGGCUUACAGCAAUAUGCAUUUGUGUAUGUUGUCAUUAUUUUAAGAAGUAUUUUAAGAAGUAUUUAAUGAUGAAAAUUAAUAUUUAAUAAGCAUUUUUGGAAUGGAAAAUCAGAAUUAUGUAAAAUUGAAUGGGAACAUGAUAAUUACACAAAUGUGCACUAAAAUUAAUCAGUAUGGGUGUUUUGAUCAACUUCUGUCUCAUUUUUUUUAAGUCUGUGACACUUCAUUCUCCUUGCCUAAAUGGAAUAUAUGCACUUUAUCUUUUGUUAUUUUUUUGUUUAGCAUCUGCUGAAGAUCUGGUUGUAGAUUUCAACCCAAAGCCCAUGUCUUCUCUUAAGGUAUUUUUCAGUCAUAUUCACUGGAAAGUGUUAGAACUUUGAAAAAAAUAAUUGCAAUAAAUUAAGUGCAUUGUAGAAUAAAGAAUUUUAAUUUUACAUUACUACCGCAGCUUUAAAAUGGUUGUACAAGCUUGGUCUGGCAUUCUGUCUUUCUAACAUGAUCCCAGUCCUGAAGGUUGUUAUUCUGGAAUUCCUUAUAUUUACUUAUUAUGUAAGAAAAGAAGGGACUGUUUUGUGUAUUUUAAAGCUACAGCAUUACUGUUGGGAAGCAGUAGCUUUCACUUCUAAAACUAAGUAUUGAGGAUUAGCAAGCAGUAUUCCUCAUUAAAUUAAUGACAUUCUUUAUUAAAUUUUAAUUAAAAAUUAAAAAGGAAAAAUAGAAGCAUAAGGAUAUGGAAAACAAGACAGAAUGAACUAUAUUAUGGAAAUCUGGUAAAAUGACCAUCAGGACAAAAAUUAGAAAUCAGAAUUAAUAUUUAAAAUGCUAAGUGCUGAUUAAAAUAAUGCUAUGUUGGCUCUGGAUGAUUUUAUUUCAGAUUAAUAAGAUAAAUUAUGUAUGAAAACAUUUUGGUUAAGCAGUUUGGUUAACAGUUCUUUGUAUAGGCAGGCAAAUAAAUCAGCUCUUCUGUUGUCUGUAGUUUUCCAUUUCAUUCAAAGUACAAUUAGCAGCUUCAAAACAAGCUUGGAUAUUAAGCCAUUGGAUUGGGUUAGAAUCUUGGUUUAUUUAAGCUGCUCUUUUUUAUACAAUGUGGAAAACAAAAUAAUAGAAGACUUUCUGAUUUGUUUGCCAGUUCAUAUAAAGAGCUAAUGUGCAGUUGAAAGAAUCAUAUCCUAGCUAAUUAAACUAAGGCAUGAUUGUUUAAAUGAAACUAUUUCCAAUACUUCAGCUGCAUUUCACUGAUAAUUGGCAACCACUGUUUUGAGGGGAGGAAUGAUAAAAUGUACAUCAUGACAUUGCAAGUUGAAUUACUGUGUGCCUCACACUGUACUUGUGUGUGAUGUUGUAAUGCAAAUAUGAAAUGGCAGAGUUUGCAUCAUGUCAUCAUGCAUAUUUUGGCAUCAUUGUGGCUAGCUGUGGAUACCUGCAGGCGACAUAAUAAUUCUGUUGCAUGAAACCAGAGAUCUGUAAUCCUGUUCCUACCUAGAUUUUCUGGGAAGCUCACAAACAAAAUGUGAAAGUGUCCAUUUUUGUUCAUUAUUUGCAAAGCAUUACUAGGAUGCAGAGUACCUGAAAACAUUUAUUUUUAUAUUUAUACUACUACACUGCUUCAGUCCAAUUGGAUUCUAGAUAGUUUGUAGUGUAUAUAAUAAAAUACAAUAAUGCAGAAAAUAAAAUAACAUGUCAGUACUAUAGAGCCAAGUCUACAUUGGCAGCUUGGGAAUGACUCCUGAAAUGCUCUCUGGAAAAGCCAGGUCUUUACAAAUUCCUGGAAGGCUAUAAGGGUGGGAGCCAUCGUCACCUUGAAAGGUGAAGAUAAGCUCUUCCAUUGGAGGGGAGCCCCUACAGAGAAUGCCUACCAUUGGGCCUCUUCCCAUCAGUCCACCUGGUAGGUGGGGAUGAUGAACAGGCAUUCUCUGACUGGAUGAGGUAGGUAGUAUUUAUCAGGUGCUGUAGUUUGUUAGAUACUCAAAACCCAAGCCAUUAAGGAUUUUACUGGUCAUGCAACUCCCACCACAACUGUGUAGCUUGUAAGCAAGCACGCAGGCUUCUGCAUUUUGUACCUUUCUGAUAUUUUUGGGUGGUAUUCAAGGUAAGCCCUAUGUAAAGCGAAUUACUGUAAUGAAAUAUUUUGCUUCUACCUGGUGCUAAACACCAAAUGUUUCAGUUGUUUCAUUUCUUUUAUUUAUUUUUUGAAUCCACUAAGUGCUUGCCAGUCAUCAGAUGAGCAUAAAGCAGCUAUCUGCAAUGGAAGCCGGGACUGAUGAAUGUCAGCUAGGAAGUAUGGAUGAACAUGCUUCUUUUAAUCUAACUUUAGACCCAAUACAGAGGAAAAGAAUGAGAAUGUCUACAUAAUCUUUGUUUCUGAAACUUCAUGUGUCUUCAUCCCCUUGAUAUUAGAGUAUUGUGGAUUUAAUAUUGGGUGUUGUCAAUAGGACAAGGACAAUACACGUGUAGAGUUCCACAUGCUGCUUUUGAAAAUACACAGAAGUAAAACGGCUGCCCUGCUUUGUCUUGGUGCAGCAAACAAUGAUUUGUUUUGGAAGUGAUAGCAUUUCUUCUAAGUUUAUUUUGAAAAUAGAUAGAUUUCGGGAAGAGAUAAAUUGCCAUUGCCUGAGACAACAUUUGUACGCAAGUAUCUUCUCACUUAUUUUCCAAGUGUAGUAUUUUAGAUGUGAGGAAGAGGGUAUUCUAGCCCUCAUUUGCUCAGAGGAAUAGUUGAUUGUAAACAGUUAAAACUUUAUUUAAAAAUAAUGUUGCAUGAACAGAUAAUAUGGGAUACAGUUUGCCUCUGGAAUGAGGUUCCCCCUGAGAUGUGAACAGACCCCACCCUGCUGGUGUUUCAAAGGAACCUGAAGACCUGACCCAGGCCUUUCAUGGGCAUGAUUGAAACCUCCUUUUAAUCUAGGUUGUUUUGUUUUGUUUCUACCCAGUUUGUUGUUCUGUCAUCUCUACCCUUCUUUUGUUUCUUGUCAUUUUCUUGUCCUGUUUUACAUGCUUUAAAUCAUUUGUAAACUGCCCAGAGUUGCUAGGAGUCAGGCAGCAUAUACAUUUAAUAAAUAAUAAUAGUGUCAAUCCAUACAAUCCUUUCUUAAUCCAAUCUGAUCACAAGUUAUUUCUCUCUGGAUCACCUUAAAUGCUUUCUCUUUUAAACAGGCACCAUCACCUUAAUAGAAAAUCAAUUCUGAACCCAUGCAGAUGUUUUACAAAAAAUGUACCUGAGUGUUGCUCCACUGCUGUGUCCUUUUAAUGCCUCUCUUCCCCUGGUGGGUUUCCUAGGUUCCUCCUUGAUACCACUGCCUUCCUCGUUAUUUAAUUUUCCUCUUUCAAUUUUAGUUUCACGUGCCUAGUUAGAAGGUAAGCACUAUUCUUCUGCUUCCAGGAGUUGGCACAAAAGUUCUGAGCCCAGGAGGGAAAAGAAGGCAAAUCUCUGUGCUAGUUGCUCAAAAUAAAUAAUAAUUGGGAAGGUCAGGGGACCUUAGUGGAUCUUAGCACCAUGUCCAAUAUUGUAAAUAUGACCUUGAGAAUUAUAUUGCUGAGUACAGCAAAGGAUGGAUGGAUUGGUGCAAUUAAGAAGAAGUGUCUAAAUUGUUCCUUGGUGUUUUGAAGUUUAUCAUGAUAACUGCCGUUCCAGACAUCCCCUUAGGUCUGAAAUCACACUAGCCAACAUUUAGUAAUAGUUGUACACUAUCUUAUCCAUCAUGAUGAUUGGAAGUAGUUUAUUACUAUUUUCACCCCAAAGAUCCAUGUAAUAUAUAUGUUCUGGUGCUGGGGAAAAGCCAACAUACAUUUUUUAAAGAAAAAUGAAUUAAGACAGGACAUUUAUAUGGGGGGAAGCAUUAAUUAUGUCAUGAGCUCUUGCAAUUUCUAGGGUGCUGGUACCACAAUCCACACAGUAAAUUGCAGCAUCCUUCUUAUUUGACAAAUUAAUUGCAUUUCCUUAGUGUGGCUACAUAUUGCAACCAGGUACUUCAGACUUGUAUGACAAAUCUCUUAUCAACUAUACUGCAUUUAUUGCUUGAACAGUUGUCUAGAACACCCCUUCAGGAUCUGAAUAAUUGUCUGCAGCUAUGUAACCACGAGCAUGUCAGAUUUAAGUGUUGUGAUACACUUUUUUUAAUUUUAACUUUUAUUAAAAUAAAAUUGAAAGAUUAUGUAACAUUCCAAGGACAAACAUUAAAAAGAAAGCAAUAAACAAGGAAGCUUAACAGAAUAAUCUGAACACUUUUAAAUGCCGUUUUAGAAGAUUGUCUUAAAAAAAUGUGGACCUUCUGGUCAUGCACAAUAUGUACUAUACCAAAAUAGACAAUUAUUAUUUUCUUCCCUGUCUGCAGCUGUGGCUAUUUUGCUGGUGGUUGACAGUAACAACACAUGCUGUCAAAAUCCACAAAAAUUAAUGCUUGCUUUGGGUUGAUAUCAGUUUAUUCUUUUAAGAAAUUGCUGUCUGUCAAAAUUGGUUUCAAAACAAUUAUUGAAAGUACAGAAUUUGUUUUUCCCUUUGUUUUUUAGGGCAGGUUUGGUUUGAAUGACUGCUGAUAAUUUAUCCAUCUUUAUGCUGACAAAAAUUUGUAUUUAAGGAUGUGCAAAACUCACAGAUUUGGGAAUAAAACAUUCUGGGGAACUCUGAAAAGUACUGUUUCCCCUCCAGACCAUGUAAAUCUUCUCUGGACCAUUCUCUAGGGGCAGCUCAGUGUCCAAACUGCCCUCAGAACAGCAUGAUCCAGAGGAGUUUCACAUGACCAGGAGAAAGAACAGAACAUUUCAGAGUUUCUUUCUUUAAAUUUGUUAUAGCUGCCUAACUUGGAUGGAUGCUGGGUGGCAUACAAAGCCAUAGAAAUUCAUAAAAACAGAUAAACCAUGAAACCACACAGAUAGCCCAGACUAAAACGAUCUAAAAGUGACCUAAAUGAAAACAAGCCCCCUUCCGCAUAUAACAAUGCAUUAACCCCAGGCCUGGGACCAAAGCUAAGGUUUAGGGGUUUUCCAGAACCCCAGGAGAGAGGGUGCUGUCCUUGCCUCGGGGAUGCUGUUCCAGAGGGUGGAGGAGCCACAGAGAAGGCAUGCUUCCUCAGUCCCACAAGAUGACAACAUUUAAUAGAGGGGACCUGGAGUACACCCACAAGGAAAAUAGCAGGUAUUCAAGAAUUACUUUUUCCUAGCCUUAUAUUGGUGUAUUGUUGUUGUUGUUGUUUAUUCGUUUAGUCGCUUCCGACUCUUC